AUGUCUCCUCUCGUUAGCCGCGUGGCCCGCGCCGGUGUCGCCCUUCGACCUCUCCCUGCAGUCCACCGAGGACUCCGCACUUCGAGCAUUCGUCGAGCCGCCGAGCCUUACGAGGCGAAGACUCCCAAAGACCCCCAAAACCAUAACAAGAUCCUCGGAGCUGGCGCUGUGCUCAUCGGCGCUACUUUCCUGUGGUUCUACACAGGGGGCAAAACCAAGAACCUCGAUCCCUCUGGCGAGUCUACGGGUAUUAAGGUACCGAAGUAG